AACUAGCUAGACACAAUUAUUUAAAAAACCUAGUUUUAGUUUUUCCACGCCCCGAGACCAUUGAGGGGUCCAUUAAAUUUCAAUAUGACAGCAAGAUUUGGUCUGCUGUUCAAGCGCUACAUUCAAAUCGAGAAGAACCAAUGGCGCCGAGUGCUGUUCGAGGCCAUUGUCAUGGUGAUUAUCAUGAUACUGAUCCAGGGGAAUCCCAUAGCGCACACGAAGCAGCUGCUAUUCCCACGGGCCGACACAGAUCGCGAGCACGUGGUCGUCGCCCAUAAGCUGAACGACCUAGAUAUUCUAUCGAAUAUGGUCGAUAAGAAGCGGGAUAAAAUCAAGUACUAUUUGGCCUACGCACCCAAGUCGGAGAUUACCGAAAUGCUGACCGAGGGCGUGGCCAAGAAACUGGGCAUGCUGGGCGUCCUGGGGUACACGAGCAAUGAGGAUAUGCAGAAGCAGUUCGAUGAGCGCACCACCCUGGCGGGCAUCGUGUUCCACGACUCGCCCAAAACCGAGGCACCCAAGAGCCUCUCCAUUUCGAUACGUUUCCCCAGUGAGUUUCGCACCAUAAAGCCCUUCCUCACCGAGGAUCGCCUCUGGCUGACACGCUGCACGGGCGCUGUGCGCGAGAAGCGCGACAAUGCCAAGGACUCGGAUACGAAGCAGGAUCUCUACAUACGCGAGGGUUUCCUCCAGGUGCAGCAUCACAUAUUCCUGCAAUGGUACCACCAACUGGUCAAGAAAUAUCCCAACAAAUACACCGAGCCCCAGGUGGAGGUCUUCAACAUACGACUAAAGGCGGCAACUGAACCCUGCGCCAUGAUGACUCUCGUCCGAAUGCCCGCGUUUCUAUACAAUUUCAUCUUUCUGUUGCCAUUCUUGAAUAUUAUCAGAAACAUCGCUGGUCAGCUGGAGGAUGGCGUUAUGGUACAUCAGUGGCACUAUGGCUUCUCUUUCUGCACGCAGUAUUCCUGUUUGUUUUUGGUGUUAAUGCUGCGUUUGAUGGUGACCGGACUUGGUGCCCUUUUGGUUUUGAUUAUAUUUUGGGUAAUGGAAGAUGGCGAAUACACGGUCGAGGCAAUGGCCGGAGCAAUCUUAUUCAUAUUCAUUUACUACAUUGAGCUGAUACUCACUGCCAUGGUGGUGGCCAAGCUCUUUGCCAAUCCCAUCAACGGCGUGCUCUUCGGCCUGGUCAUGUGGCUGUUCAGCUAUUCGGCAUUUGGCAUCAUCCUGGAUCGAUAUUGGGACGUGCACAGCUACUAUGUGGCCUUUAUACUGGUGUCGUUCUUCAACACGCAGUUCAGCUUCUGCAUGCAGCUCUUCCAUCACGUCAUCGACUAUCCCAGGGACCUCACGUACUACGACUUUACCGUGCUGUAUGCCUCGGCAGCGUGCUGCCUCAUCAUCUAUCUACUGGUCUUCUUCCUGGUGCAGUGGCGCUGUCCCGGCCGUCUGCUGAGUCGCCGCGUUCUGCGGAACAAGCCGCGCGUGGAAACACAAAGAAGUGAGGGCGCCAUGUACGUGGGCCGAUCGCCCAGCUGGCAAAACUUUGAGUUUGUCGACGCCGGCAGCGAGGAGAUGAUGCGCCUAAAGCACGUAAGCACCUCGCAUCACGAUUCCGAGCAGAAGAUACUCAAAAAUGUCUCGCUGCGCGUCUACAAGGGCGAGAUUCUGGCCAUACUCGGCCACAUUGGCUCCGGCAAGCUCACUCUCCUGCGCCUAAUGGCCGGCCUAAAGUUCCCGCUGCGCGGCAGCGUCUCCGUGUUGGGCAACGGCUACACGCCAAAGGGCACGACACGCCACCUGGUUGAUUUUCGCUUCGACGAGCACGGGCUGAGUCGCCACCUGACCGUGCAGCAGACCAUCGAGUACCAUGUGCGACUAAAGCUGCGACGCGAGGACGAGGACCGCUUCAAGAUCGAGAAGCGCAAGUGGCUGACGCUGCUCGACCAACACAUCGAGAGCCGCGGCACGAAGAUCGGCCAGCUAAGCUAUGCCAGCCGCCGCCUGGUGGCGCUCUGCUGCUGCCUGGCGGGCAACACACAGCUCGUGAUCCUCGAGGAGCCCACGCUGAAGCUGACGGGCGGCGAGGCGCAGAGCUUCUGGGCGAUCAUAAACCAGGAAAAGGAGACGCGCGCCAUUGUGGUGGCCACGUACAGUGUGGGCGAGGCGGAGCAUGUGGCCGAUCGCGUGGCCAUACUCAAUCUGGGCGUGCUCGAGGCCAGCGGCACAUCCUUCUUCCUGCGCUCCAAGUUUAUCGGCAUGCUGGAUAUGGUGGUCACGAAGAAGCCGCACGUGCCCGCCGAGCCCAUUACGGACUUUAUCAAUCAAUUCCUGUCGCACGUACAGCCCGACAACGAAAUUGGCGACACGCUCACCUACAGGAUUCCCCUAUCGAGUCGCCCGCGCCUGCAGAAGCUCUGCCUGCACCUGGAAUCGGAUCGCAAUCGGCUGGGCAUUGAUUACUUUCGCAUUGUGAGUACCGAGCUGGCCGACACCUACAUGAAGCUGGUCAAGUCGUUUCGUUUGCAAAAGCAAAUCAUACCGGAUGUCACACAAACCUUCAAGUAUCAGGUGGUGUCCGAGAAGCAGCUGCGACGCCAGCGCAUACGUGCCAUGUUCUACAAGAAGAUGAUACAUUCGGCGCCCAAUAUCUGGCCCAUUAUCAUGAUCUUCACCAGCUUCAUACUGAUAGCGGUCAUUGCCAAGAUGUCGGUGAUGCUGGACGUGCCCAAGGUGCGCUCGAAUGUCAUCCAGAUUGGCUUCACCGCCGCCGCUGAUGUUAACAACAUGCCGGACAUCAAGGGCUGCGGCUACGUGGACAUUCACUCGCUGACGAAGACGCAUCACUACAAGCGGCAGGGAAACAUGAUGAGCUCCUUUACGAAGAACUCGUUCAAGUGCGAGAAGGGUCGCUAUCGCGAUGAUCUCAAGAAAGUCAACGAACUCAAGAGCCUGGGGGCCGUCGAACAGGAUGGCGAUCAGAUUAUGAAUGGCUACAUCACACAGGACAUAUUCCAUUCGGCGCCAAUGAUGCUCAAUCUGCUGCACAAUGAGAUGCUCAAAUUGGCAUAUCCCGAUGACAAGGAACAUUUCGCUUUGGUCACCAAUCAUCCGCUGCCCACACCGCUGAGCAUGAAGAUCAAUCUGAUAGACAAUAAGAUUGCGCACAUGAAUGCGCCGCUGGCAUUGGGCUGCAUCCUGCCGCUGGCCGUCUCUGUCUUCAUUAUUCCCAUCGUAGAGGAGCAGAUCUCACAGCUGAGGAUCCUGCAGAUCAUUGCCGGCCUGGGCAUGCCCAUCUAUUGGGGCGUCAACAUAUUCUGGGACCUGUUCACGUACCUCAUCUACUCGGUGAUUAUUGUCGUAAUUAUGGCCGUGAUGGGCAUCGGUGGCUUUGGCUCGUAUGAGAAUUUCCUCAUACUGGUGCUGAUGUGCCUCUAUGGCUUGGCCGCCCUCACCCACACCUAUGUGCUGUCGUUCUAUGUGAAUACCUCGCGCAUACGAGCCUUCCUCUCCUCGCUCCUGCUGCACGGCCUCACCGGCAUUGUGCUCUACAUUUUCUACUGGGAUGUGGCCAACAGCAAUGAGAUUUUCUUCUACGGCGCCUGCCUCUUUCCGGGCUUCUCGAUGCUCGAUGGCAUUAGCAACAUUUACACGCAGUGCCUCGAGGAGAUGCUCUGCCAGGACAAGUGCGAGAAGACACCAUCCUGCACACUGGAGAACAUGCAGGAGAUGGUGCCCAAUUGUGAAUUUCAUUCGUAUUUCACAUGGAGUUCGCCGGGCAUUAUGCCAGCCAUUGUCUAUAUGGUUGUGUCAAGCCUGCUGGGCGGCCUGCUCAUAUUUUGGAUUGAGCUGCAUCGCAGGGAGAAGAAAUAUCAUUCAUCCAGAGACUUGCGCGAUCUGCGCACGGCCACAUAUCCCUUUGACGAUGCCGACAUGGCCGAUGUGAAGCUGAAGAUAGCCGAGUCCGAUAUGACCAAGUGCAAGCAGUCUGUGUUCCUGGUCGAUCAAGUGGAGGCCAAGGUGCCCAUGACGGGCACGCGGCUGAACACCGUCUCCUUUGCCCUCAACAAGUACAUGAGCAUGGGCAUCUAUGGCCGCCGGAAUUCGGGCAAGAGUCACUUGGUGCGCCAGCUGGUGGGCAUCGAUGGCUUUGCCUUUGGCGAGAUCUAUGUCCGCGGGCUGGACCUCAAGCUAGACACCGACAAGAUACGCACCUACAUGGGCUACUGUCCGCAGCAUGCGGGGCUGCUCAUGGAGCUCACACCGCGCGAGCACAUCCGUCUGCUGUGCAUGAUACGUGGCGUGCCGGAGCCAAAGAUCAGCGAGAAGAUGCGCGACUUGUGCCUCAUGCUGAACAUGACCGGCUGGAUGCAUCGCAAAUGCGGCAAUCUCACCGCCGAGAAGCUGCGCAAACUGAACGUGGCCCUCGCCCUGGUGGCCCACAACAAGAUACUCGUCCUGGACGAGCCCACAUGCGGUCUGCCCGGCACCACACGCGACGAAAUCUGGAACAUAUUACGCUACAUACGGCACUGCGGCAAGACGGUGAUUUUUGCCACCAACGAUGAGCUCGAGUGCAAGAAGCUCGGCGAUUUCAUCAUACUCCUGCACGACUCCGAGAUGGUCUCCCUGGGCAGCCUGCAGUAUCUGCGCUAUAAAUACAGCACGGGCUUCUAUCUGGAGGUGCGCCUCAUACGCGAUGGCAAGACGGUCGCCGAAACGAUGGAGCAUUUGCGCAAAGAUAUGGAAAACUUGGCCAGAUUUGUCAACUUUUUGCACGACAAAUCGGUAUUGGUUUCGCAUACAAAUCAUUGGCUUAAGUAUUAUGUGCCCGUGGGCGAUAUUGUUUAUUCGUAUUUGUAUGGCAGCUUGGAGAAGAACAAAAUGCGAUUGAAUAUCCAGGAUUAUUGCAUUUAUCAGGCGGAUGUGAACAGUGUGGUUGAGCAGGUCCACGAGAUGCGUGCUGAGCUAAAGCGUCGCAUUGGCUCGAAUGGGCAAUUGCAUCGUUUCACGAAUCCAUCGGACAAGGCUAAAGGCAAUAAAUAACCAAACGACGAAACAGCACAAUAAAAAAACAAAAGUCCAACUUUAAAUUGGGUCAAAACCAAAGCAUUCCCAGCCUUGAAUUCACAUACACAUGUACAUACUCCUCUAUAAGCAUGUGCAUAUAUUUGUUAGAAGCCAUUGUCCUUAGACUGCCUGCCCAUAUUCAAUAAUUAACGAUUUUUCCGUGCGAACGCACGUGUCUGGCUGCAUAAUUAAAAAUGUGGCUGGGAAUUGCUACCAGCCCUACCACCGCCAUGUGGCCAGAGAGCCUUUAAAAGCUGAAU